AUGUCCCCUCCUACUACUUUGCUCCUGUUGCUCCAUCUCCUCAGCUUAAUAUCUGCUGUUCUGUCUUGUUUCUGUGAACGGUACCCCUGGGGCUCAUGGACUGCCUGCUCACGGACAUGCAACCAUGGCACACAGAGCAGACAUAGGAAAUUUGAAUAUGACGAUUACUAUUGGAGGAGCAGUUGUCGUCAGUUAUGCGAAAGAGAUGACAAGAGGGCUUGUAAUAUGCAGGCUUGUCCUAUAAACUGUGUGCUGACAGAAUUUGGGCCUUGGUCUGACUGCUCACCCUGUGCCAAGAAACAGUUACGGACCAGGUCCAUCCAAACUCCAUCCCAGUUUGGUGGUGCAUCAUGCAAUGUAGCGCUGAUGGAAGAGAGACCCUGUUAUCCUGCCUCAGAGUGCAAGUUGGCACCAAUUGACUGCAGAGACAAAUUCAAAUGUGACAAUGGACGCUGCAUCAAUGCCACGCUAACUUGCAAUAAACAGAAUGACUGUGAAGAUAACACUGAUGAGAGGGACUGUCGUGACUUUAAAGUUGUUUGCCCAGCCGAGAAGAGAGCUGCUCCUGGUGCUGACCUUGUGGGGAAUGGGUUUGAUGUAUUUGCAAAUGAGCCAAGGGGGGCAGUCCUGGACAACAUGUUUAUGGGAGGAAGUUGCAUCAUCAGGAGACCUCCAAGCACGUUACUUUACCAUCGGAUACCUCAUAACUUUGAAAACUUUGAUAUUAAGGUUGGUGUGAUUGAAGACUUCAGCACAGAUCCCCAACCCCUGCACUCUGACUCAAUUAAUGUGAAGAACUCAAUUUCCACAGAAGAAGAGAGAAAACGGAACUUUUGGCCCUUUUUCCACUCUUUGACUUCUCAUGUCACAUCAAAAAGUUCCUUCGAAGCCUCAAAGAAAACAGACUCCCUGUUUUUACGGGUGCACCAGGUUCUACCUGUGUCCACAUUCAAAGUUAGGGACCCAAGUGAUUUGGUUUUGUCUGGACCUUUCCUCAAGUUCCUUCAUGACCUUCCCCUGCAGUACAAUUAUGCCCUGUACAGAAACAUCUUUCAGCUCUUUGGAACACACUACUACAGCUCAGGGACACUAGGGGGCCUGUAUGACCUGCUCUACCAGUACAACCGAGAGGAAUUGACCAGUUCAGGUGAAUCAGAGGACCAUGUUAAAGGCUGUCUUGGACGAGAGACUAAAUGGACAGUUGUCCUCUACACUCCACAAAGGCCUCUACCAAUGUGCUCUGACAGCAAAAUGACUCAAAAAUAUAAUGGUUCAUACAUUCAGGCAGCAGAGAAGUCUUAUUCUGCUGUGAAAGGUGGACGAACCAGAGAGGCAGCAUCUCUGGCCUGGGAGAGGCAGGGCCCGGCUCCUGAUCGAAACUCUUACAAAAACUGGGCUAAGUCUGUUCUUGAUAAUCCUGCUAUUGUUGAGUUCAAGACGCAGUCAAUAAUAGAUCUAGUGCAGGGGAUCCCCUGUGCUGUCACGAAGAGGAGGAACCUUAGAAAAGCGUUGUUGCAGUACAUGCAAGAGUUUGAUCCCUGCAAGUGUGCUGCUUGUCCUAACAAUGCAAGAGCUUUUCUCUCUGGUACUGAGUGCAAGUGUGCCUGCCAGACUGGUACUUUUGGCCCCAAUUGUGAGCAGCGAGCUCCUGACUUCACUUCAGAGGAAGUAGAUGGUUUUUGGAGCUGUUGGGGCCCGUGGAGUCGCUGCGGAGCCACCAUGAAAAGAAAUCGCAGAAGAAGGUGUGACAAUCCGGCCCCCUUGAGAGGAGGCCAACCGUGUAUGGGUCCUGACAGUGAUGAAGAGCCAUGUCACAUCUCCUUAUUCAAACAACAAGAAACAUGUGAAAAUGACGAUGGCUUCUUUGUGGGAUGGAGGGAGGAGCUUCCUCCUGGUGUGCAGGGUUGUCCCAGGCCAAAGCCACCUGACAAUAGCUUCCUCAGGAAAGCAAAGCAGUACUACAACUUUGGUGAGGCUGAAGACUUCCAGUGCGUCACUGGAUUUGACCCAGAAGGUUUCCAGUUCAUCAAUUGUCUUCCUGACGGGACAUGGAGUCAACCAAAAGGAAGCUGCCUUAGAAAGAUCUGUCUUCCCCCUGAUAUCCCUGAUGGCCUGAUGCUGUUCCCCAGCAAAGAAGAAUAUAAAGUGGGUGAUUCAGUGGGACUGAACUGUGUUGAGAUGGGUUUGUUGCCACUGCCUCGAGGUUUCUACACCUGCAGUAACAGUCUCACAUGGGAACCUCCGUUACCUGCAGGACUGCAUUGCACUAAUGCUAUAGAGGAUCCAUUUGAACCUGACAGUCAGUGUGGUCCAGGUGAGAAACAUCAAGGCUCUCAAUGUGUCUGUAUACAGCGGGAGAGUUGCCUAUCCGAACCAGAGAGUCUUUGUAUUCUGAAUAUUGACAUCAACAUCACUGUGCCGAUGUCCCUCUGCUCCUUCCAAGCCGGCCGCUGCCAUGGCGAUCCACUCCUCUUUAUCAGCGAAAGUGCCUGUGACACUGUCGACUCUGAUAAACUGGAGUGGGCCAGGUUCCGAGCCAAGUUUGCUUCAAAGAGUUCUGUCCAAGAGUCGUGCGAUCUUGACACAUGUUAUGAAUGGGAGAGUUGUUCAGCAUCUAAAAAGUGUCAGUGCAUUGCUGCUCGGGACUGUCCUAAAACUGGUGUGCACAAGUUCUGUCUGAUGCUGACCAGGAUCCAGAGGACUCGCAGCAUGGACCUUUGCUCCAUGGCUGCUCUGAAGUGUGCCAACUACCAGUUUGAGAUCCUCAAUGAAGGUGUCUGUGAAUCCAGAUAA